UGAGGGGGAGCACAGGGCAGAUCUAGCUGAUGUAGGUUUCAUCUUUCGGCCUUAGUCGUGUGAGAAGACACAGCGAGUGACUGUGCUACGGAGCAAGCUACUAUUGUUGUGGCGAGGACACCGCACAACACACAGCACGUGGAAGUAUUUUCUAAGUUUUGUGAGUUUGCUUCAUCUCGUCAGUAAUAUAGUUUACAUGGUAUGCAAUAAAAACCUGGCUGUAACGGCAAGGUAUUUAGUCCCUCGUGUGUGACCAUCCGUAUCGGCGAAUAGAUUGAUACAAAGUUAAUUCAUUGAUAUAAUAUCUUGCACAACAAAUCUCAACACCAGCCGGAGCGUUUUAAAGGUGUUGAAUGAGAGGUACCCAUGAUAUAGAAUAGUCGACACGGAUCACCGGUGCCCUGCUGUCUAUAAUGGCGUCUUUGACUUGUUGGAUCGUCUGCCUGUUGUGUUUGGUACAAGUGGGAUUUAUCUAUUGUCAAGGGAUCUACACCCUUCAACACGCUGAUGUUUGUCAGAAUAGUGGUAAGCAACUUCAGUGUACCGGAAACGAAGUACUUCGGAUCCAAGAUGUCCUUUGCCUGCCAUCAAACUAUACAUGCCCAGAACGCGACAAAAUUGUUUGGCUUUGCGAAGGGCAAAGGUCGUGUGCAAGCAUUGGAUUGAAACAGCAGCUCUUGGCGUAUUGCCAAAACGCUCCCGAAAGGACGGUGAUAAUUAGUUACAAAUGCAUUCGAAAACAACCACUUCCACCGUGUCGAACCAACAUUUGUAGUCCAGAGAGUGAAGGACUUCAUUGUGGUCAGGAUAAUCAACUUCACAUUGUGCGAGCCCGCUGUAAUCAUGGCCAUGAUGAAUGUCCAUGGAACGUGUACCAGACACUAUAUACGCUAUGUGAGGGCCGGAAGUCAUGUUAUGCUUCCGGUCUGAGUCGCUUGAUGCCGGGCAAUACCUGUACUGACAACUUUGUGCAGACAGCUAACGUGUUUGUGGACUAUAUCUGUGUAGAAGAGGAUAUUACGGACGACGUAUGUACCGGAAACGUACGAUCAAUGCCGAAAACAUUCGGAAUAAUCAAAAGUCCAGGUUUUCCAAACAAUCCCGAGGGCAAUCCGAACAGCUGUUACUGGGCAAUAUAUCCUAAGCCUAGUAGGGUAGUGGAUAUCAUUAUACAUCUCGCCUUUUCUCGCGAGUAUACGGAAACGUGCAAUGCACAGUUUUUGCAAGUGACGUAUAGGGCUUGUGGUACAUACCGGAAAAUCACAGACACGUUCUGUAAAGCACAGGAAGUCAACAUCGAACGGAAGUCUUGUGGAACAGUCUACAUUCGUAGUUCGUCCUAUUUAUCAGGCGAAGACAGGGGAAACAGGUUUCUAGUAUCAUACCAGGUGAGGGAAAAAUAUGUUACCGACCCGUCUUUUACCAGUUAUAUGAAGCAAUGUCAUUCUGGAUUUGAACUGGCAAACGUCACUUCUGCUGUACCUUAUACAUCUGUGUCAGAAAAGUCGCCGCCCGGAAAACGCUCCAGACAGCUUGAUUUUGUCGGGGAACACUACGCCGCUUUAUAUAGAAACUCGGAGAGCCAACAGGCCUUAGCUGGACCACACAAUGACACUGCUGGUCAACAAAAUUUCAACGGUACUGGAAGUAAAAGUACAUUCCGUCCAUGGCGAUUUCUUACCAUUGUUAAGGUGGUCGUCAUCAAUGUCUUCCUAUUUAUCAUCGCUGUUUCCCUUGUAAUUGCAAUCGUCUACGUUUGCUACAGGUACAAGCAAGUUGACAAGGCCGGACGAUAUAACUUGGCUCCGCAGUCAGACACUGACUCCGGACGUCGGACCACAACGGACACACCUUUGCAGACCUUUUCUGAGGAUCUGGGUAUGACACCUCCGCGGGGAAGUUCAAUGCAUUCUUUUACAGCACGUGAUCAUUCCCAGGUGUACGCUUCACUUACUGAAGACCCUUACGCGACUGUCGGAGAUGAUCCUGACUAUCCCACGAGUAGCUAUAGUAACGCAAAUCACCAUACACGAGAUAACCAUAUGUCUAGUUUCCGGCCAAAACAUUCAAACCCUUAUGCUUCAUAUGAUAGCUUGGAUUAUGAUAUUCCUGCAGAAAUUCACGAAACAAACUCUCCAAAUCACGUUCAUAGUCCGUAUAUGAACGGAAUUGCUACUCAUAGUUCUCAUAAUAGCCCCGCGCAUCUACAACAAAGUCCUUAUCAUAUACCUGAUCAAGUGACUCAAACGUACCAGAACGCAAAUGAAGACUUCCCACCGCCACCUGAGAACCUGCAGCAGUUUGACUUAACGGCUCAUGGGGUACCGGUGCAACAUUACACAAUCAAUGAUGACGAUUACGCAAUUGUACAAAAACCUAGAAAGAAGACAAUAAAUAAUCCCGCCAAUGCUCGGGCAUCCCCUAGUAACAACUCGCAACAAUGUGCCUCUCCAAGCAACUUCGCGCGUUCAAACGCUGACGUUGCUUAUCACCUUCCAAAGCAUGACUGUAUGCUCACUUGUAACGUACCGCAAUUUGUUCCUCCUCCUCCAAGACAAAAUGGAACCACGUCCAAUUUUGAUAGAACAAAAAAUGACCCUAAUACCUGGAAGGACGGUUUCUGUUAGUGACGUCAUUUGUUGAGGUCAUUAUCAAGACGUGCAAUAUGUAUAUAUGUGUUUGGAUGUGUGUGCCAAUGUUUUUGUCUCUAUCGUUAUGAAAGAUUAUGUUAAGAAAGAAAAUGUUUCUUUACUUUAUUUCUAUAGUGUCAGGAUAAGUAAGAACAUCUUAAGAUGUGCUUGAUAGUUUUGAUAUACUGGACCAUCCUUUUGGUGGAAUAUUCUUUAAUUACAAUGACCUAUCUGCUAGACUGGCGUGUGUCAUUACCUUUACAUCAAUCCUCGAAUUAGGUUAAGCAAAUGAAAUGCAUAUGCAAUAACAUGAUGAUCUGGUAGAGAUAGUAAAUAACCAGAAAGGUAGCAACUAAUAUACAGGAAAACAAUAUAUCCAAGUAAUAUACACAAGAUUUAUUUGAUGUUGUAUCGUUAGUAUGCAUUAUUUCAUUCAGUUUUCAGAAAACAUUAUACAACAUAGACUUGAUCUGUGCAAUGUGUUGUUUUUUUUUACUAUAAACACUGUCAAUAUACACAUUUUUGUAGUAACAAAUGCUUGAAGCAAAUAAGUAUUAUCACGUGUCA